GACAUGCUCGGUUCUUCGUUGGUAUUGGGCCUAGUUUGUCACGAUCGCAUGUCUCGGUAUGAACUAUACCGAGUAUUGAACUAUUUGCCAACGGAUUGGAAUGUCUUCCGGUCGUGUUCCUGGUUUUGCGCUCCCCGCAAUCCGGGGAUGGGGACGCAAUGGAGCAAUUUGCGGGGAUAUAGAGAUGAGGCUAAACGUUAACUAUCCGUGCAGUAUAUAUGGGUAAGGGACUGGUAUCUUGGAUGCUUCUCGUGAGGCUAUAACCACCCAACUCAGGAUGUUGCCCUCGUCGACCCUAGCCAUCCGUCUGAUCGCAUUCUUCUCAUCGCUAACUUCAGUCACCGCAUCGCCUACGCUUCACCAACAGCAAAAUGCAUCUCGCCCCUUGGUCAAGCUCGACUAUGGAACCUUCCAAGGCGCCGUAUCUUCCCAAUACAACCUCAUAUAUUACCGCAAAAUCCCUUUCGGUGCCUCCACAGCUGGCCCUAACCGCUUUCGCGCCCCUCAACCCCCAAUUCCUAUCAACACUACCACAGUAUACGACACCGACCAAGCAUUCGAUAUGUGUCCUCAGCGCACGGUAAAUGGAUCGGAAGACUGCCUCUACCUCGGCGUCUACUCAAGGCCAUGGUCUCAGGAUACGGCGAAGAAGCAUAAGCUGAGGCCUGUGCUACUAACUUUCUAUGGCGGCGGCUUCAUCAGGGGAAGCGCGACAUUCGACAUUCCCCCGAGUGGAUUUCCAGUACUGAAUGUAUCGCAACAAAACGACUAUGUGGUGAUAUAUUCAAACUACCGCACCAACGUCUUUGGCUUCCUGCCUGGCAGCAAAAUCGCAGAACAUCCCGGCGCCGAUUUGAACCCAGGUCUGUUGGAUCAGCAAGCAGCCCUGCAGUGGAUUCAAAAGUAUAUUCACCACUUUGGCGGCGACAAACGAAAUGUCACAAUAUGGGGACAGUCUGCUGGCGGCGGCAGCGUUGUCGCCCAAACUAUCGCCACGGGCAAUCGAGGGAAGAAGCUGUUCACCAAGGCAAUGAGCUCGAGUCCCUUUUGGCCGAAAACACCGCGCUACGACAGCGCGUGGGCAGAAUCUCUCUACCAACAGACUGUGCAGGAUGUCGGCUGUGCCAACCACACGGACGAAAUUACGUGUCUCAAGACAGUAGAUCUUCAGAAACUAAGAGACAGUGCGUUAAGACUGAGUACGAGCCAGCAGUACACGACGAGUGCGUUUACAUGGGGCCCUGUCAUCGACGACAGCUUUCUUGCAGAGCCAUUGUCGGAUGUAAUCAGUAAAAAGGGGAAAUUGAACGCGAAUACGGUGCUCACUUCGUACAACUUGCACGAAGGCGAGAACUUUACUCCUCCCGGCUUUGGAAACGCAACAGGUAGCGCGGGCUUUAACUCUUCCCAAACGAGCUUCGACUCUUGGCUGCGAGGAUUCCUGCCAGACUUCCAAGAGGAGCAUGUGAAGAAAGUGAACGCACUGUAUCCCGCAGUCGGCGAAGCAGAGGAAAUCAAGUGGAACAGCACGUAUAUACGCGCAGGAAUGCUAUACAGGGACUUGGUCCUAGCGUGCCCAGCGUACUGGCUGUCGAACAAAGCGGAGAAGGGGUGGUUGAUUGAGUAUACUAUUUCGCCAGCCAAGCAUGCAAGUGACGUGCAAUACUGGAACACCGUCGGCGCUAUCCAGAAGACAGAUGCACGUACCUACGAAGCGUAUGCAGGGGCACUGGCGAGUUUCGUCCAGACUGGUGAUCCAAAUGCGCACAAGGUCACGAAUGCUAGCGUUCCUGCUGUACCGAACGUAGUAGAAGGGAAGCAGUUUUUAGUCACCGCGGGUGGCAUUAAGCAAGGCGGUAUUCAGAUGUUGGAAGAGAGGUGUAAGUUUUGGCUAGAAGUCGCGGAGAGGGUGCCAAUAUGAGAACGAGUGUGGCAUAGAGAUCCUCAGACUGAUAACGAUGAAUAAUAUUCAAGAACUCCGACCCAAGCCCCCCUGGACUCCGUCAUGGCUCAUAAAACUCGCUAAGUCAUAAACAUCGGCAAACUACUCCGGCAAUCGUUUACGAACAGUCCUGGUCUACUUCCUCUCCCCCUUCCGCCCUGUCUUCUUCAGCCUACUCGCAAGAUCAAGCAUCCCAUCUGCCCAAACGCUCAUCCCCUCCACCUUCUUUACCUCGCUCCCACAAAAGUCUCUCAAAAAUGCACCCAUCUUCUCCUCGCCAUACUUCUCCCCGUACACAAUCUCAGCCUUCAUCCCAACAUCGGCAUCCACCCCCUCUUUCCCAAUCCCAACACCAACCUCAAACGUGACUUUCACCUUGGUUUGCACCGUAGGAAGAAGCAUGUUA